AUGUCGUCUUCAUCGCUCAACGAUGGGCGAAAAUCGUUCGAAAAGGACAAAGAUUUGGUGCCCGACAGCACCCAGAUCGAAGUGGCGAAAGCCUCAAUCCAUGAUGCCGUCGAGCUUGAUGAGAUCGAGCACACCGACGCGGGCUGGUACAUCUGGCUCAUCGCAUUAACUGCCUCUAUCGGUGGCAUGUUAUUCGGAUACGACACCGGAAUCAUCUCAGCCGUCCUGGUAUACCUCGAAGACAGUCUGGGCCAUCUACUGUCAGCCAGCGAGAAGGAGCUGAUUACAUCUCUCUGCUCUGCCGGGGCGUUUGUGGGAUCCAUUAUCGCAGGUCUGACAGCCGAUCGAUAUGGACGGAAAGGGCCAAUGUACAUUGGAUGUGCUCUCUUCACGGUGGGAGCCGUCUUACAAGCCACUGCAUACUCUAUCCCACAAAUGGCAAUUGGCAGAUUGAUUGUUGGCUUUGGAGUUGGCUCUGCAGCAAUGAUUGUGCCGGCCUAUAUUGCCGAAAUUGCACCGACCAAGCACCGAGGUCGAAUGAUCGGGUUGAACAAUGUUAGCAUCACCGGAGGCCAAGUCGUAAGUUAUGGACUCGGUGCUGCUUUUGCUAGCGUUCCCCAUGGAUGGCGCUAUAUGGUUGGCCUGGGUGGCGUUCCAAGUGUACUACUGGCCAUCUUGCUCCCGCUGUGCCCGGAGUCGCCUCGCCAGUUGAUUUACCACGACAAACACGAGGAAGCUCGAGCAGUUCUACACCGUAUAUUCAGGGCGGCUACUCCUGAACAGGUUCAGGAUAAAAUCCAGCUGAUUGAAGCCGGUGUCCGGGAAUCUCGGGCAUCUACUGGUAAUCAGUCUCGAUUCUCUAUCGUGAAGCAACUCCACACAACCCCUGCCUACUUCCGUGCUUUGGUGUGUGCCUGUGGUUUGAUGACCAUCAGUCAGAUGUCAGGCUUCAAUGUCCUGAUGUAUUACUCCGGAACGCUCUUCGCUCUAGUCGGUUUCUCCAACCCGGUCGCCGUGGGCCUUGUUGUAUCAGGAACCAAUUUAGCAAUGACCUUGGUCAACAUGCUAGUCGUGGACUCCUUUGGCCGUCGACGACUCCUAGUAAUGACUUCCUGGGGCAUGUCAGCCAGCCUAGUCGCAGUUGCAGUCUCCUUCGCAUACAUCCCCGUGAACCUGGAGACGCUAGAAGUGACAACAAAAUCCGUCACAACACCCGCCAUCAUCGUUCUAGUAUUUAUCAUUUUCUUUGUGCUCUUCUAUGGUGUGUCUAUUGGCAACACAGCCUGGAUGAGUGCAGAUUUCUUCCCUAUGGAAGUUCGCGCCGUCGGCACAAUGUAUAUGACUUGCUGCUGUUGGGGCUCAAAUCUCAUUGUCUCCUCGACAUUCCUGUCCAUGAUGAAGGGCAUCACGCCAUCUGGCGCCUUUGGCUUCUAUGCAUGCCUAACCUUCAUAGGCUGGGUGAUGAUCAUAUUCUUUUACCCUGAGAUGUCGGGACUACAACUUGAAGAGAUUCGCGAGGUUUUCAAGCAUGGCUUUGGCGUCAGGUAUGCUUCGCGGUUGCGAAAGCAGCGUGCGGAGGAUCGUCACGCCCGCCUUAGCUGA